UGAGGUUGUGGUCAAAGAAGUAAUUAACACUUUAUGAUGCUAACAGAGGCCGAAGCGGUUGCGGCAAGAGCACAACCUCCCGGCAAAGACAACUUUCGAUAAAUUUUGUUAUUGACAAUAUUUAUUAAAGAAAAUAUAUUCAAGGUGUUUCGAUACAGUUUCUCGGAGACCUUACCGAUAUUUUUCAAUCUCCUUAAGGUGGCUCCCUAGAGUAUUUACUAAUAACGCUAGCUAUCUAGUAUACGUUAAAGAACGAAAUCUAGUUACUUUGUCUUUGCGAUUUUGUUCACGAGAUUCACCGCUAAGGUUACCCACAUAAGAAGGCUCCUUUAGAAAGUUUCAUUUUCUGGAUUAAGGCCGUUGCCAUGGCAACAUCGCAUCCUUGGAAGGGCAGUAAUUUUGUCAAUUUUGAUCAUUUUUUCUUAAUAUUUCUUAUUUCCCUCGGUGAAAUGUCUUUAAACUUUGCCAGUUUAUAUUAACGAUAUUGCUUAACAUUUUAAAGUGGAAAAAAUAUGGGGUCGUUAAGACGGUUUUGCCAAUAUUUUGAAAUUUGUAAUUUUUCUUAAUGGAGGAAUUUGGCUCUUACAGAUUGUAACAAAAAAAGGACAGUACAAAGGUACUGCAACUGUUAAGAAAUGAGGCGAUUUUUAAAAAAAUUUACCGAAGGAAACGAGAGAAAUUCACGGUUAAUUAACUACGUUUACGUCACAAAAAUCCGAAAAACACGCGUGGUUCGGGGUCGUAUGAGGAAAAUACGCGCGCGAGCCAUCACGCCCGCAUGCGCAUAAUGCACAAAGCUACGGAAAACAUGUGGUUUCUUUGAAGAGUACGAACGCCAUUGUUUUGAAGCCGUUUAUUAGUAUUAUUACGGUGAUGUCUCGCCAGUUGAAAAAGGAGAGAUAGCGGAUUCAAUUUUGUACCUGACACAAGAUGUUUUCUUCAAAGUACUUGACUAUUGUAGCUAAAAUUAGAACCGUGGUGGUCACUCGUGAGGAUGGCGAUCGUCGGAGAUGAAGACGGUGGUUGUGCAAGGAUCGCAAUAAGCCCUUCAUUUCCUAAUCUGCUGUACACUGUUUGCAGAUCUUCAAAUGUCAGCCCACUUCCGUACACUUUUUCAACCUUGUUCUUAUUUAGAGAUAAUUUCGACGGCGAAGUUUUUCUUCAAAAGUCUGCUGUAAAAGAUGGCGCCGAUCUAUAAAUCGUACCGGUGCAUCAUGUCCUCAGCUACACGUACAAGACCGUAGGUCUCGACGGACAACUAUUGCCUUCGUCAAAGGUCAAUCUGUGAGGAAAAAUUAUUUCUCGUUGUGCAAAAACAUUUUCCAGUGCAUCUUGCAUGUGCGUUGAAGGACGUUUGAAACAAGAAAAAAUACAAGGAUGUUGGUUCGUCGAUGGUAAGGUUCCUUCGAUUAGGAUGCAAGUUAAGUGGGAAACCUUUUUUCUGAUAAGUUUUUUAAACAAUGUGAUAGAGUCGGCAAACCAAAAAAAAAUUUACACUUCCUGUAAUCUUGUCUUAAAGCCACUUCUAGAAUUACUUAAAUCAAAUCAAAUGUCAGAGAAAUAAAGUGACCAAGGAGCACUGCCAGUGAAGACAAUCUUCAUUGUUUGUUCGGGAAUUGGCUCGAUCUUUCAUAUCUUUCCACUGACCGUGAACCAAAGGCCAGAAACAGCAACAUUGCUUCCUUCUAGGUUAGUGUACUUACUUCUUUGUUUUCUAAGUAAAGUUUCCACUCACCAUUUACUUCGACUAGUUAAUGUUUGUCUGUACUUUUGAAGCGAAAGAAUUGAUGUCUUUGGAAAAUUUCUGCUUUGUUUUUACAUACAAUUUACUCUUAUGGAGAUCGAUAGCGACUUGUAACAGGUGUAACAUCGUCUCCUCUCAUAAAUUUUUGACCUACACUAAUCAAACUUUUUGCAUAAUGAGCUUCAAUAGAAAUUUAAUAAAGUUUUUUGGGUGGAAUACUUCGAAAGUGAGAGGCCAUGUUUGUGAUAAUUUUUACGUGGACGUCGCGCGGAUUUUAAAUUUCGUGCCAUACUAGUGCUCAGGCUGCGCACGACCAAUUUACUCUAGGGAGCCACCUCAAAAGCUAUCUUAUUCUUUUCUGAUCGAACAAAAUUUUCACCAGUGAUUGACAAUGAAUUGAAGUUUGUCAAAAUGCAGCUUUUAGUAAAAUCGAUAAUACUAUGACAACAAUAAACAAAAACUUUGAAAUGUAUUAGAUCCGCAUUUCGCGCGAUCUAGAGCUGCUACUGAAACUCAGACACCAGGAACAUAAAGUGUGGUGUUUAGCAAAUAACCUGGGGAUAAUUGUUUAGUAAAACGCAAAAAGGUGAAAAAUGUCAUGAAGUUAUUACCUCCGCAUUAUUUCAAGCACCUCAUGAGUAUAUAGUUUAAAAAAGUAGAUACGUUAGGUGUUGUUUCGACGCUUCUCUAUCAUUCAUCUUACCGGAUUCUUGAUCCUUAUCGGCCAUUUUGGAUUUUUAUGGAGGUUACCGCUGACUACUCGUUCCCAGACAUUCGUUCCCCGUUCCCCGCUGCCUGUUCUCCACUUUAGUGAUAUCUGCCAACCGGUGACCGGGAUAUGCCGGUGCAUACCAAAAAUGCGUGGAACACGUCGGAAGAAAGCCAACGCUGCGUAUUCAGAAAGCGACAAAGUUUGCAAUGGCGAAGGAAGGAACUUUAAUUAUCUUAUAAGAUGUUUACACUGACACUCGACUGAAGAAUUUCAACAUUCAGAGGGCCAUUGGCUUAUCAUCAGCUCUCAAAAUAGUCUAAAAGCUAAAAUGCGUAAGAGCUAAAAGUCUAUGAAAGAUAUAAAAGCUAUAAAAACGAAUAAUAACGACGAGGCCGACCGGCCACUUCCCCAUGAUAAGGCUAAUUCACUCAGGCAUGUUAAGGCAUGAUUCACCUUAUAAUUUGCAUAAUUUGGCGAAGUGGCAUUUGUAACGGAUUGUUUUGAUCAGCCGUCAUGAAACUUGGCAAACAGUUUUCAGUUGCUCGGUGGCCUUACCAAUCUGUGACAUAUUCAUUGUUCAAAUACUGGUCACGCCAAUGAUCGUUAACGUUCAAACUGUUCAAAUUAAAACGGGGGAAAGGAAAUGAAAGAGCAGCAAAUAUUCUUAGGAACCAGUGUUUUUCCCAUUUCCUGGAUAUUAUGAAAUAGCCCUGCAUGUAUGCCUAACUAGAGCAUGGAUUACGAAAUAAAGAAAAACAGGUCACGUGACUUAUAAAAGACUUUAACAACUCUCAAUAAAGAUGCUGUAAAUCCACCUUGCAAGGCAGCCCAAUUGACAAUUAAGACAGUUUCGCUGACAAUUUGAUGACAAGUAUUUUAGGCUGAAGGUUAACAACCUUGCCACGUUUCAGAGAACAGGUUUUGUGACGUCAUGGUCCAGGGAAUUUCACGUGACGCUUGGGAUGAGUUUCCCAAAACUGUUUUAUUGAGACAUUGUCUAACUAGCUGCAAUCCACUACGUUCAGUACCGUUCUCAAAGAUGCAUUACAACGCCUUCGAAACCUAAAGUAGAAUUGAAGUACAAAUAUCACUACGAGAACGCAUAAAUAAAAUAACACAACGAACGUCAGAUCAAUGUUCCUCGAUAGGUAUCCGGUAGCAUGUGUCCUGCAGCCGCGAAUGUUCGAUCCAUUGAGUCCUCUCAAAUCCACUCUUGUAAUCCACUCUCCACUCUUUUCCACGACGAAUCUACUCUUGGAAGUUACAACUCAUGUCUUUGAAUUACUCACAAUUUCGCUUUACUGAAAGGUACGAUUUGAGCGCGUGAAUAUGGAAUGUCACGAACUUUCACACGUAUCAGCGAAACAGACUUGUCUUAUCAUAUCUUUGUGAAACCCUUUACUUGGAUCCCUCUGCGUCAUUAAAAAGGAUCUUUACAUUCUCUGUGGGGGUCUUUUUAGCCUUUCAACACAUGUCUCAACUUGCCUGAGCUCCUCUACUGCAAAGCUUUUGCAAAGUGUAACGUUAAGAAUAAGAUAACCGCAACUUAAUUGCCUGCAAAAGACUAUAUUAGAUAUUCCUGGUGAUGUUUUAAAAUGUUAAUUCUUAACUAUGUGUUAACUGUCUCGCUCUCGCGCGCGAUACUUCCGGUUAUGAACGAAAAACUGGUCAAAAGACAACAUUUUUCCAUGGUCUUUGACAGUUGAAUAAUAGAGCUGUUCAUGUCAUACGAAAUACUUUUAUUGUUGACAAAACGAAAUGACCCUUCUAAGAGAAAGUAAGAUAAAAUGUAACUCUUCCCAUUUAUUUUCAUUUCCAAACGGGAAUGUUGCAUGACGGAAACCACGCCUAGAAGAUACUGCAAUAGCCUGUGAACAGGCUCUCUGUUUGGGGAAAGGGUGAAAAUUGCGAGGAGAGGGAAGGGAAAGGAUGAACAGAGAGCUUGUUCACAGGCUACUACUGGAAUAUCAUCGUCAUCAUCAUGUCAUAUUUAGAUCCUAUGCAACCUAGCAAAAAAACCCCUUUCUUACUUGGUCAUCACUCCACGUUUUAUCACUCCAGGUUUUUUUACUCCAUGUUUUAUCAGCUCCACGUUUUAUUACUCCAUGUUUUAUCACUCCAUGUUUUAUCACUCCACUCCAUGUUUUACCACUCCACGCCAUUCCAUAUUUUAUCGUAUGCCCAAAAGUUCUGACAGGUAUAUCUUUGGGGCGACCCUAUAACACGGAAUGGCAUAAUAUCGCCCCAAAUCCUAAAAGACGGAAUAUAAAAAAAAAUAAUAUAUAGAUUUAGCCAGGGCUAAAAGCGAAGCUCCCGUUAAUAAAUUCAUAAUUUAAAUCAAACAAUAAACUUGUAAUCCGCAGAUCAGGGCACAUUCAUUUGACGUUUGAGGCAAAGGCUAAGUGAUUUUAGAGAAAAAUAAUUUGACAGUCGAAGAGUGAAACAGCUUUUACAUCGAGUUAUUAAAUAAUCUUAUUUGUACACCCAAAAAUAGCAAUCAUGUUCGAUCACAGUAGAUUAGGCCUGGAAAACAAAUAGACCUACCUAUUCGUGUAUUGUAUUUGCAUUAGCUGUUGAAUCAUAAUGUGUCAUCCACCACUCUCUCCAACAUUGCUCCGUUUGAGAGACUAUGGAUAAUUGGACAACCCCGAAAUAUAAUUUUAAGAAACACAGGCGCCACGAUAGUCCUUGGUGGCAGCCAAUUUACACGUUGCAUUCCUCUGUCUAAAAGAGAGGCCAAAAUAAAAAAUCAGACCGGAUUUUUUGUGUUCGACAAGUUUAGUUUACUAGUAAAUCUUGGCGACGAAUCUGGUGGAGUGCAAACCAGCCUUUUAAACAUACUUUUUCUCAUCACGUCUCAGGUAAACAGUACUAUGAGGCCCUUGUUUUUAUCAUACAGACCUCGGACAGAAUUUGUUCUUUUUUGCCCUAUUUAAACCACAGGUAACCCAGGCUCUGUGAUAGUACCACAGUACGGUUCCAGUAAAAUUACAGUGUUUGUAUGGGGUAAAAAUAUCAUCCUAAAAUUUCUAGGAAAUACUAAAUAAAGAUCAAUGAAACUUACUCUGCAGUUAAUUGUUGUUAUUCUUAUUGCUCCAACGAAGUUUCGUGAUAAUUUGCAGUAAUUUGUUCACAUUCACUCUAUCUACAAUAAUAAUAUACAAGGUAGGAGACACGAGGUGCCAUUUUCGCCGACAUGUUCUCAUUCAACACAACUUUUUCCACGAAAUUCGAAUUCCAACGGAAAAUAAACGUGCCAGAAUCGUAGAAAUAGGAUAGCAGCAGAUAUAGAAACCAAUGAAGCUUUCCCAGAUAGAGAAACGAAUCCCACAGACUUGGACAGACUCGAAGAAUAUAAUCCAAACACACCGAGAAUACGCUCGCCGAAGCAGCCGGGCCAGAUCAACGCGCGGCCAAGAAAAUGAAGCCUGGGCACUGUACAAAAAAAAUCCAUCCCGGGGGUCCAGGGGUGACCUUUCUAGGGACCGAUACAUCAUUUGCCCAAGGCCACCCUCCCCUGCUGGAAAAAUACUUGAUAGAAGGCGAUUGUCCUUCCUAGCCAAUCACUAUGGCCUGUUAUAAAGAGAUUAUUUUCCUCUCGAACUGUAUUCAGCUCCUGGCGCUGGUCCUCAGAAAGUUUAUCAAACAUCAAUAGGGCAAGGUUAUAAGGGCAAAGGAAAGAACAACGAAGGACGAUUUACAAAACUUAAAACGAGCAAAAGAUAUGAGUGAAUUUUGGCUCUCACCGAGGCAUUUGUAGAACAGGACCAAAUUCAAAGAGAGGUGUAUCACGAUGAUUCACAUAUUUAACUGAUAGAACGUUCAGUUGUAUUGACAAGAAGUCGGCGUGUUAUUUACUGCCGCAUUAAUCGCUAAAUAUGUUAAUCGCGCUAGUUCUUUGUUUACUAGUGCACGUGCCUUUCACAUUCGUCUCAGUUAUCGCAAUUCAUAUUCUGACGCAAUUUUCUGUAUAAUUUUUGACAUUACUUUGUAAGCUUCACCGUUUAUUUACGAUAGUUUCACUCGAGAGUUCACAGCAACAGUAUCUCGGUCAUCAUCUACCUUUUGUUCAACCUUGUUUUUAGCCCGCCUUGUAAGCAUUUCGCGUUGUUCUUUCAGUAGUUUCAUUACUGUUAUUUGCAUUCCUUAGUAAAAGAAAUAGGACGCCUUGUAACUCCGCAGACUCUCCUGAUUAUAUUACUUUUUUUUUAGCCAUUUAAAUUCAGGCGCGUGUGCAGGGUUUGCUCUGGCAAAUGGUGAUUGGCUAGGAAGAACAAUUGCCUUCUAUCAAGUAUUUUUUCAGCAGGGGAGGGUGGCUUUGGGCAAAUGAUGUAUCGGUCCCUAGAAAGGUCACCCCAGGACUCCCGGGAUGGAAUUUUUUGUACAGUGCCCAGGCUUCAUUUUCUUGGCCGCGCGUUGAUCUGGCCCGGCUGCUUCGGCGAGCGUAUUCUCGGUGUGUUUGGAUUAUAUUCUACGAGUUUGUCCAAGUCUGUGGGAUUCGUUUCUCUAUCUGGGAAAGCUUCAUUGGUUUCUAUAUCUGCUGCUAUCCUAUUUCUACGAUUCUGGCAUGUUUAUUUUCCGUUGGAGUUCGAAUUUCGUGGAAAAAGUUGUGUUGAAUGAGAGCAUGUCGACGAAAAUGGCACCUCGUGUUUCCUACCUUGUAUAUUAUUAUUGUAGAUAGAGUGAAUUUGAACAAAUUACUGCAAAUUAUCACGAAACUUCGCUGGAGCAAUAAGGACAACAACGAUUAACUGCAGAGUAAGUUUCAUUGAUCUUUAUUUAGUAUUUCCUAGAAAUUUUAGGAUGAUAUUUUUACCCCAUACAAACACUGUAAUUUUACUGGAACCGUACUGUGGUACUAUCACAGAGCCUGGGUUACCUGUGUUUAAACCUAUAAAUCUGCGACGAUCAAAGCACGCGCUUCCUUUGCACAACAAAUUAUAGCAUUGAAUUAUAAAACGUUUUCAUGAAGAGAAUUCUCUAAUUCCAGGACUUUCAGUUAGAAAAAUCUGGUCUUAUGUGAUAUGCAGGGUAAAAUGGGCUUUUAAUGAAAACGAUAAAAAAAUUCCCAAAAUCACUUUUCGGCCAGCCGGACGUGGCUCACUUUUGACAGGCACUAAAUUUGCAGUGCGAUUAAUAGAGUUACCAUUUACGCUUCAACAUGAUAGAUAAAUUGUAUGUUUAGGUUUUAUUUCCCUUUAUUUAUUAAACUGCGGACGGUUUUGGUAUGUGUAAUCUUUAAAAGCGAGUGAUAUUUACGCGCGGCGUUUUGAGUAUUCCUGCAUGAGAUGUUUAUGUUCGACUGGAUACAACCGGUUCAGCGAUAAAAAUUGCGAGAGGGACUACUAACAAUUAAUAAAAUAAAUAUAAUUCGGUGAAACAUGUACAGAGACAAUAAUUUUCAUUCACGAAGAGAAGUAUUAAGAGUAAAGUGUCUUUGAAAAUCAUGAGUCAGGUAAGCAUAAGCUUAUUUAUGUUUUAAGCCGGCUUCCCGGUGUUUGCUCUUUUUCAAGAUGAACUCGAGGCAAGAAAAUCGCUCAGGGCUUUCUUUUUACAGUCAAAAUCAUAAGUGAAUAAUCUUCGGAACAUUUUCUUUGAAUUUGAGGUCAAAAAAUGUCUAAAGGCUUUUUAAACCUGAUACUAUUGUAGGUUAGAUCAUUGCUCGUAUAUAAACUUAAGCCGCAUAAACCAUACGCUCGACUUCAGGAAACCGAAAAAAAAAAACACAUCAAAGACAACAAUUUCUCAGGCUUACCAGUCGAGAUGCUGCUUCUGAAGGUCAUCAAGUGUUCCAGAAUUUUCAACCCUCUUACGCCUCAAGCAAGGGCAAGUGAGUAGGCUCAUUUUUGAAAACGAUGCCAUCCGAAAUCGGAUUUCCAAUGACUUUGACAAGCGGUGCAUUUGUCAACAAAGAGCGCAAUAAACAAACCAGCCAUGAAUUACAGAACAAUCUUGAUAGCAGCUGUAUUUCAUUUUGUAAACCAAGUAGAAACAGCCAGUUUAAAACAUCACAAGAUGACACAAAACUCUGUAAGCUCCAGCUAUCAGUAAGCAAGUUUCCAGACGCUGCAUAAAUUUUCCGCAUGAACUCACCUGUCAAAUUUUGACCAAUUAGAACAUAAAAAUUGAACGUAGAGCUUGAUCAACGCGUGACAGUGAGAAAAGUCAAAAGUGAUUGCCUUCCCCGCAUGUAAAUGUAAAAGCCGGUUGAAUUUUCGCGUCCGAGGUCAGUUCGAAAUCAACAUUUUAAAAGUGCGGCUCAUGAACUCGACCUGUUUCAUAUGCUUUUAAAAAAAAUUGAACUUGAGCCUACGAUAAUUGAAAAGUAGCAACCUGUCAGCGGAUACGUUAAAAAACACUCGAACUCAGUGGGUCGAUACCUGAGCCCGCGAUAGGGUCAGGCGAUACUGGUCAGCAGUAACACUAUUUUGACUGCUGUCAAUUAAUCAAAACAUAGAUGUACAAUAUCAGGUUGCAGGCUCCCAAACUAGCUAGAAAGUGUGAGAUUAAACAUUGGUAUACCUGUGGUGCGGACGGACGGAAGGUCGGGUGGUCGGUGUACGGUCACGUGAUUGCCGAAUUUUCUAAGAUGGAUCGAUUUUCUAAGCUAUGGGACCUCGAAUUGAGCCCGUGAUCAAAUAAAAUAUCAGCGCAAAACUUUAAACACUACGUGACCUCAAUGGAUAGGCUAAUGAGCCCGCGAUACACUCAGAUGAUGAUGGUCAGCGUAUACUCUAGUUUGACAGCUGUCAAUUAACCUUCAUUACAAUGGCGAAUAUUCGAAUUAACAGACUACGAGUGUGAGUAAGACAUCUCCGUCCGGCAUAUAGUGCAAAAUGCCAGAUCGUGUACCUGAGCGAACCUGAGCCCACGUUAUUAGUUUUCUAAUAGUGGUCUGCACAUGUCCCAUUUUGACAGCUGUUAAUUGACCUUAAUUUGGCUUGCCAAUAUAUCUUUAAACGACUGUCAGCCAACUGACAGCCUUGCCCGGCGUAGUUUUGUUUUUAUGUUGAAUUGGUAAGUGUGACAUAUUAUAUCCGCUUAUAUGUAGGGGCAAAACGACUGGUCUUUCAUCUGAGCCCGCGAGAUAGUCAUGUGCUAUGUCAUAACCAAACGCUAUGUCAUAACCAAAUUUUCUCAGAUGGAUAGUUUACCAAAUUUCCUUACCCAUGGUGCUCCGCUCUGCGCGCGCGAGGAGCUCCGCUAAAAAAUCUGUGAAAAAUAAAUGGCCUUUUAACAGGUUAAACUGCGAGCCAAAGAGCCAGCGAGGAGUGUUGUAUGUACCGUCGCGCGCCAAAUCUUCAAGAUGUCAUGAGCGCGUUGCAGGCGGUGUUGGACACGGUCCGAAGAGCAUCAUGGGGAAAAAUCGAAAACGGCUCAUUUGCAUCUGACCUGCGCGUUGUUCACAUCUCUUGUUACGCCAUAAAAAUACCGGGAGAAAUAGUUUGAUAUGGGCAUUACAGGUCUUCUUCCGCUUUUAAAGGACAUAACAUGCGAUUUUCAUUUGAGAUCUUUGUCCGGAAAGGUGGCCGCAAUCGACGUUUACUGCUGGCUUCACAAAACUGUUAUUUUCUGUGUCGAAGAGAUUAAUUUGGGGAUCGAAGCAACGGGGUACGUAUCAACACUUCGUUCUUACAUGUGCAUAAAGUGCUUGAUUUGAACGUAAGCUUCUCUUUAGCGCUCUUCUCACCUCACAUUUUUUUUUUGUCAGGUACAUUGACAUGUGCAUGAAGGAUACUGAUCUUCUCAUCGAAAAUAAUGUGCAACCUAUUCUGGUUUUCCAGAAGAAGCUGGAGGGCAAGGCAAAUGUGGAAUCCUUCUCCGCUAACUUGUUGUUGUUGAGGACAACAGCAAGUUAGCGGAGGUUUUCUAGUCAUUUUUUUCCGUAUAAAUUCAGUUUUAUCUGCUCGUUAUUUUUUGUAUGAUUUAUUAGGAAUCAUGAAGAAUCUCGCACAGAAGGUUUAACUCUUUGCGGACAAGGGCAGAAGGAAGAAGCCAGGGAACUAUUCAAAAAGGAGGGCCUAAGGGCCGCUUCGAUGACUUACAUAUUACAAAUUAGAUUCUUGAACAACAAAACUAAUAGAUUAUGCUAAAACUGGAGGUCAGGGGUCGUUGAACACAGAGAAGAUGUCGACUGAAAAGCAUAAACAAUGGCUCGUAACUAAACAAAGGGAUUAUGCACAUGAAGAGUUACAAGGAACAAUAUCAAUAGAAAACAAACAUACAUCAUAUUGUUUUAAGAACUGCAGCUUGCUACAUCUGUCUACUCAAACCUUUCCAAAAAAAAGUUAUCGUAAAUCACUUGAUAAACGGCGAAAAUCGAAGGAAAUCGCAGACACUACCCGCCGAAAGGUGAAAGAAUCAGUCCGCCAUCUGCAAUGAUGUGAUUGGACAAAAGUGGUCACGUGGACCGUGUCCAACACCGCCUGGGCGAGUUGAAUACAACUAUUGUAAUUCCCUGCGGGCAAGUGCCAUAGGGGGAAUGGUCCGUUACACCUAGCCAAUGGUAAUGGACCUUGAGAUACGUCUCUCGCGAGUGUGCUAUUUUUUUUUUUCAGCUUUCUCUGUGCGCGCUUUGGGAAUUUGCUCACUCAGAUUAGAAUGGCGAAUACAACUACGCGACUACUAAGCGCGCGUGUAAGAUGCAAGGUGGAAGACUUCCAGCCCAAUAAAGUGAAUAGUCACGUUCAGGUUAUAAAGAAGGGCAUUGUAAAGCAAACAAAUUGUUUGUUGUAAUUUCACUACGGCCACUCCAGUCCAUUGUUUCUCCUCGGCGUGCGGUGACUACAGUAAAGUUAUACGUUGCGUCAUUUGCUCGUGUGCAAAUUCGCCAAUCCGAGCAAGCAAAUUCCCUUCAUGUCCUUUCUCCCUCCCCAGAUCAGGAAUUCAUUUGAAUAUUGGGCUGAAUACCUGAGCUUGUUUGCUGGGCACAGAAAAAGAUAGUAAUCACGAAGUGGAGUGAAAUGGCUCAGGGCGAAGGCUCAGAGCCGGUUUAAUCAAUAAAGUUAUCCAAUAAAUUACAAAAUAUUUGGUUCCAAGAAAAAUGUAAUGAGCCCAGUAAAGGUGAGGGCACUAAAAACGCCAAGCAGAAUGAUGGACAUCAUACUGCCGCCCCCCCCCCCUGAAAGAAAUGCAGCCCCAAUCACAAAAUUUGUGAACAAAAACAAAAACAUCUUAACUCGCCAACAAUCCAAAAGAUAUAAGAGGUCACAUGCACUUCCUCGACAAAAGUUUAGUUAUUCCGACUGGGAAGUAGAACUGCUGCCCUUGCAAAUCAGUUGAAAUAACUAUAGAUGAGAAGGUGUUAAGAGCUAUGCCCAAUAAGUCUAGUAAAUCUUGAAUUAAACGAGACAAUUAGUUAUUAUAACAUAACGAAAGUAAAUCGCGCGCUAUGAUUGGUCAGUUAGCCACUACCAUUUGCCCUUGAGCGCACGCCAAGAAACUGGGCUAGCGCGGUAAAAUUUAGGCAAAUUCAACAAAUCUCCUCUCCUGACGAUAAAAUACACCGAUGAAAUGCACAGAUGAAAAGUGGAAGUUGAAGAAAAUACUAAGCUGUCGUUUUGAAGGAAAAAAAGCAAAAGAUCAAGCGACAAAUUUGCCCUGGAUGAUUUAAUCACUGUUUUCCUCGCUGCUAAAAUCGGCUGAAGGAAAAUCAAGCGAGCGAAGAUUUAAGGUACAUUUUGUGUGAUUUUUAUAGAAGAAAAAGUCUGUUUGAAAUGUAGAUUUAUCAAUUAGCAUUGUGUUAUUGACUUUUUUGGUCAAGCUGAUGCUAAAUUCAAGCAAAUAUUUUAGGAAACACGCUCAAAUUCGAGACAGCUUUGUUGUGAAGUUUUCAUCCCAUCGAUUAAAAAUUUUAGUUGAGUUUAGACGGGCACGUUACGCUGGAAUAAGCGAAUUUUAUUUGAGUGCAGAAACAUUCGGGUCUUCAAAUAAAUUUUUCAAAAAAUAACUCCUCUGUGUAUUAUUUUGUUCCUCAGUGUUCAUUCAUUCAUAACAGUCGUUCAGAGAACGGUCGAAAAACAACAGCUUCAGCGCCGGCUGUGUGUCGACGAAUUUCAGUUGCAACUUUGACUGUCAUAGCUGGAUUUCUCCAGACCGAUUUCGAUACAAAGCUAAUUAUUAUUAUUUUUUUUAAAUUAGUGUUACCUGUUAUUCUAAAGGAAUUACAGUCAAAUUUUCUCAUUUCUACUUUACGUUUAUUUCAAAAAUUUUUCAUAUAAAUAAGCUUGAUAAUUAUUUCAUUUCUUUAGUUUUAGCUUGUUUUUAGAGUCUUUUUAGUUGGUGUUUAUAGUUGCAGCUAUAGUUUUCCCUCAAAGUUUUUACCCUAUUAUAUUGAGAGCAAGUAGACAGAUGCCUUUCAGAAUAACAACGAAAAAAAAAAACGGUUGAUUCAGUGAAAGAAAAACUCAAAGGCAGAAGAUGAUUUGUUUACGCGCGGCAGAUGGCAGCAUACAUGAACUAGGACCGAUGAAUCAACCGAAGGCAAAUGGAAAAUAAUGUUUUUCUCUUUUGAUUAUGAUAUAAAAGAAAUGGUAAACGUUGAGGCUGUGCAACUAUGGAGUUAUGGAUGCACUUGGGAGGUUUCCUAAGCACUCAAGAAGCUAGAGUCGCACUCCGCUAUCGUCUCGUGCGACUCUUACGCUUCUUUCGUGCUUAGCAACCUCCCGCGUGCAUCCAUAACUCCAUGGUUGCACGCUACACGUUUACCAUUUCUUAAUUGGCAAGAAAGUGGUCACAUUUUUUGCCUAAAAUACUGAGAAAUCUUGCAUUAAAAUAACCUCAUGAACAAUGGGAACUGCUGCCCUUGCAAGUCAGUUCUUAAUAAGAAACCAUGAAGAGAAAAGAAACAUCAGGCCCUUAGCCUGGAGAUAGGACUAUGGGGAAAUGUUUCCCUUGCUAAUCAGAACCCCAUACUCCUUUGUACAUAAGUAUUGGAAAAUGAUGGGACUGCUGUCCUUGCUAUUCAGUCCCAUCACUUUCAAGUAGCCCAUACACAUCCUCUCCUGCAAGCUAUGCAAGAAUUACUUGCAAAAGAAAAGUUAUGUUGAAAGUGACGGUAUUGUAAUAUACUUAAGAACGCCUUCCAAACUAAAAUGUGGCUUUCCAAUUUGGGAAAAUUCAGAAGAGUAUUGGUAUUUGAUGCUGAAAAAGUUUGCGUUUCUGAAAGGUUUUCGCUGAUUAGAAGGAGAAAAAAAGUGUUCAGUUGUGUCCACAAGAAACAACACAUCCAAUUUUCCAAUUCCAUCAAAUUGUGCAAUUUCGUGUGAAAGAGAUCGUGCACCCGUUGCGCUUUCUUUCUUGGAGAGAUUCAGAAUUUCUUAUCCCCCGGUACAUAGCUUAACAGAAUGUUACGCGGUAAUAUUUUAGAGGACGGGUAGCUUGCAAACAAGACUGAACGCAGGGUUGUCGGAACAGCAACAAGAAGAUUUAUUCGAAAAAUGAACGUAGUUUCCACGAAAUAAAACUCCACAACAGCACGUAACUCGUUACACUUACACGGUCUCCGCCAACUUCAAUUAACUUGAUAAACUUACACGGCCUCAGCCAACUUGAAUAAACACUGCCUUCGUCCACUUGACUAAACACGACUAAAGUCAAUCUCUCUUCGCUUGUGAAAACUAGUUAAAACUUAACGGGGACUCACCUACUUAUAUGCUCUCACAGUAACAUUGUAGAACUUUCCAAAUAGUCUAAUUAUAGAAAGAUGACAUAAUAUACCGCUUUAGAAACGCUUACACAGGAUCCUAAAAUAAACAAACUAUGAACUCUCAGGAAGCUUCUAGAGAGUCACGUUUAAAAGUCACGCAAUACAAUUUUCCGUAACAAAACCCCCUUUAAGAAGAAAUUUCCUAAAUUUCUCUUAAACAAGAAAAAUUGCUAAGUAAGAAGCAGUUCAAUGUCAAUAAACUUAUUGAUCAGCUCGACUCAAGCAAUCUGCUCCAACGUUCUCUGAGCCUUUAAUGGCUUCAACUCUGAAUGUACAACUUUGCAAAAACAUAGCCCAACGCAUAAGACGUCCGUUCGCAAACUUAGCACUGUUCAUAUACUUUAGGGGUUCAUGAUCCGUCUGUAGAACAAAGGGAACUCCGUACAAAUAAAGAUGAAAUCUCUUGAUACCCCAGACUACUGCUAGGCACUCUUUCUCAAUUGUAGAAUAGUUCCUUUCAGCACUUGACAAUUUCUUGCUUGCGUAGCAAACGGAGAACAGCUUCUUAUCAUGCUUCUGCAUUAAUACGGCACCAAUUCCAGCAUUUAAUGCAUCCGUUUGCAAGUAGCACGUUUCCCCUGGGUCCGCAAGAGGAAGAAUUGGCUUAUUCGUCAAAUGAAACUUGGUUGUCUGAUAUGCCUUCUCUUGUUCUUGACCCCACUCGACCCUAGUUGGCUGACCCUUGCGUUUCAGGUCCGAUAGGGGAGCUACAAUAGCCGCAAAGUUAGGGAUAAAGUCUCUGUAAUAUCCGGCCAAACCAUGCCUUGGCGCAUUCUUAAUCUUCUCGACAUUCUCCUCGUGUAGACCAGGCACUCCUUGUUGUAGGUGGUGGCCCAAGAAAUCAACGCUACUCGCUCCAAAAGUACACUUAGUUGGUCUAAUAGCCAUCCCAGCUCUCAAAAAACGUGCAAACAACUCUCGAAGGGCUUUAAUAUGCUCUUCCCAGGUGCGUGUUUGAACCAAUAUAUCGUCCCAGUAAAAAUCGACAUUGUCUAGAUCUUCAAUUAAUUUCUUCAUAGCUCGCUUCAGGGUUGCUGCAGAUUUAAUCAUUCCAAAGGGCAUCUUUACGAACUCGUAGGAACCAUCGGGUGUUACAAACGCAGUCUUCGGAAUAUCCUCCUCAGGUAUGGUGAUUUGCCAAUAGCCCUUGCUAAGAUCAAUCUUUGAGAAAAACUUAUCACCACUCAGCUUCUGGAACAGGUGUUCCGCGGUCGGCAUAGGUUCAGGGUCAAUAACAGUCAGCUUAUUUAGCUUCCGAUAUUCAACGCAGACUCGAUUGGUAUUGUCUUUCUUCUUCACUACAACAACAGGCGACGCAUAGAGUGAAUCAGACUCCCUAAUAACUCCCAUUUUAAUCAUAUCGGCGAUAUCUUUCUUCAACGACUCUCUCAUGCUGUAACGUACUGGGUAUGGUCUUGACCGAACAGGCUCAUCUGAGAUAAGUUUGAUGUGAUGCUGGGCGAGGUCUGUAGGACCUGGUGCCUCGGUAAAUAGACUUGAAAACUGAUUGGCUAGGUUCAUAAAUUAAGAACGCUGUUCGUCAGUAAGAACUGACCCGGUGGUAACAUCUGCAACAGAUUCCUUAGCAUCAUAGCCACCGAUCUCUAGGAAAUCAACGUUACCAUCAUCCUCCGCAUCCUUUACUUCGCAUUCUUCAAUUUCACAAAGCAUAUCUUCCUUAAAAUGAUCCUCUGCUUUUACCACCACUACUGCUCCUCCUGUGGUAGGUUCAUCUCUUUUCAAAAUACUUCUUGAGGAGAUUCGCGUGAUAAGCUUUCUCCUUUCCUUUCACUAUAACUCUGUAGUCGUUAAGGCCUACUACUGAACUCAGUUCAGAAGGACCCUUCCACCGCAUCACCAACUUAUUGUGAUCAGUUGGUUGUAGCACAAGAACUUUCUCUCCUGGCUGAAAUUUUCUGACUUAAGUCUUGCUAUCACAAUAGUGCUUUCCUUUAUCUUGCGCCUUCUGUAACUGACUGUGGGCUAAUUUAAGGGUUCUUCCAACUUCUCUCGCAGCUCAAAAACGUACUGGUAGCUGUUCUUGACUUCCGGUUCCUCUACUUCUUUCGUCCAAAGCUCCUUAAGGAUGGUCAUCGGACCUCUAAGGAAUCUUCCAUACAGCAGCUCAAACGGUGAAAAACCGGUAGACUCUUGGGGAACCUCACGAUACGCAAACAACAAAGGGUUAAUAAAGCGAUACCACUGUAUUGGUUGUUCACUACACAAUCUCUUUAACAUAAGUUUCAUUGUUCCGUUGAACUUCUCAGUUAAACCAUUACACGUAGGAUGGUAAGGCGUGGUUGUAAUCAGCUUGAUACUCAGCAAUCGUGUUACUUCCUUCAUGCAAUCAGGGACGAACUGUGUGCCAAGGUCACUUAACAUCUCUUCAGGAACUCCCAAUCGACUGAAGAUAUUUACUAACGCCUCUGCAACGGUUUCAGUGUUAGUAGUCUUCAAAGGGACGGUUUCAGGGUAGCGAGUCGCAAAAUCAGCAAGUGUCAGGAUGUACCUGUGCCCUUCUACGCUUGGUGGACUGAUAGGUCCGACAAGGUCAGUGGCUACUCUUUUAAAUGGUUUAUCAAUGAGAGGCAUCUUCUGUCGUGCCACCUUCGGAACCGAUCCCUUGUUUACGGUCUUCUGACAGACAUCACAUGAUUUGCAGAAACGAGUUACAUCACGUUGAAUACCUGGCCAAGAAAAUGCACUGUCAAUCUUGUCAUUCGUCUUCUUAAUACCUAAAUGACCUCCAAUUAUAGAUCCAUGAGCCACUCCCAUUAUUCGUGGUCUUAACUGCACAGGAACCAUCACUUGCUUCACAGGCUUACCACCAUUCACAAAAGGGUGUUUGUAGAUGCGGUACAAUAUCCCACUCUUUACCCCAAAAGAAAUCUCAGCUUGACCCUUCACUAGUACAUCACCUCGGUCCCAGUACUUCCGCAAAAUCUCAUCUUCACUCUGCAUCUGUUUACGUUUCUGUUUAUCUACAAUGGAGUUCUCUUGGUAACUUGGUACUUUUAGAGGGGUAACUUCACCGUCUUUCUUAGCUUGACUUCUCGUGAUUACAGCGCAUGCCUCUUGCCAAGUUGGGUCUGGUUCAUCUGCAGGUCUAGCUCCAGGAACGUUACCUGUUAUUAGGUCGUAAAUGGCAUCUGGGAGGCACUGUGCUUCCAUUUGCCCCUUGAGAAAAGGUGUAUCAAAAGAAAUUCUUGCAAUAGGUACCUUCCCCGCUGUGUUGUCAAUGAGCAGCAUAACGUUAAAAUCACCGGUAAACUGGUCCUCAGACACAAGAUUCUUCUUAAUUACUAUUCCACUACAGCCGGUGUCUCUCAAGACAUCCACAGUCUUCACUCCCGCUCUUCCUUUUACAACAGGUAUUUUCAACCGAUCGCCAAACAAAGGUUCAAGGCAGGCAUUGCUUACUAUUGGGAUCUUCUUACCACUUGCUAACAACAGAUUAUCAUCCUUAAUACAGGCUCUUACUUCUUCUUCUGUGGGUCUAACCUCGGGUGGCUGAACUAAACAACCGGCACUCACUUGCCCACGCUGCUCAGGGAGACCAUCUCUAUUUUGUCCUCCUGACUUCUGUUUACCUGAGAGGCAGUUUCUAGCUUCUUGCCCUUGCUUGCCACACACGAAACAUUUCUUAACCAGAGAUGGGCAGUUAACAGCCUUGUGGCCAAGAGCGUUACAAUUGAAACACACUAUUGUCGUUGAGUCAUUCUGCUGAUUCUUUGUUUCACCCUUCUGAGGUAGUACCACAGGCUUCCUACUAGCGGGACUGAACAAAUGUUUUCCGUGUGCCUCUAAGUACUGAUCGUCAAUCUUUGCUAUCUGAACAAGCGUUUCCGGGGCUCUCUCGCGAAGGUGAAUGGCUACCUCUUUUGGACAAGAGUCAAUAAACUGUUCUUUCACAAUUAAACCUUUCAGGCCUUCAAAAGAACGCUCAGUGUUCGACAGCUCUAACCAACGCAACAGGUAUCUAUCUAGUCUCACUAUAAACUGUUCAGGACUCUCGUCAACUUCCGGCUUUGAUGAUCUAAAUUUACGACAAUAGCCAUCCUCUGUAAGGUCGUAUCUCUUCAUCAAAGCUAAAUUCGCUCGGUCAUAAUCUUGGGCUGCUUCCCCAGAUAAUCCUGAAUAAACCUCUAGGGCACGUCCAGACAAAAGAGCACUAAGUUUCGAAGCCCAUCCUGUCUUCUCCCAUUUAGCUGUAGCUGCGGACUUCUCAAAUCGUUGUAGGUAAGCAUCCAAGUCAUCCUUUCCGUCAACAAACGAGGGAAGCUUGGUGGCCUUGGCCCUAUCCUCUCUCGUUUCAGCACGUUCGGUCUCGUUACGGCCUUGUCCUAGACGAGCGAGCUCUAGUUCAUGCUCUCUCUUAGCGGCAGAGAGAGGCUAUUGCCUCUCUCUGCUUUAACAGUUCCGCGUCCAGCUCUAGUUUUCUCAGAUCGCGUUCUUGCCGCCUAGUUUCUCUUUCUUCGUCUUCUCUUCUACGCCUUUCCUCUUUCUCUUCUUCUUCCUUCUGUCUUCUUCCUCAAGUAUUCGAUGUCUCUCUUCCUUUUCUUCUUCUAAUUGCCUACGCUUUUCUUCUUUUUCCUCUUCCAACUGUCUACGUUUUUCUUCUCUUUCUUCUUCCAUCUGUCUACGUUUUUCUUCUUUCUCUUUUUCCUCCCUCCUUCUUUCUUCUUCUACAAACUCGAACAGCUUUUCUCCCUCCAAUCCGAAUUCGUUCCCUAUCUGCAAAAGCUUUUCCAUUUCCACAGUAGUAGUUCACAGCAAACACACUCGGUAUACUUCCUCGUAGCAGUGUUCUUACUUCUCUGUUUACUCGUUUUUCUUGAACUGUCCUUUCCUGGUUACUGUAGUCGGCAAACAACUGAAUUCUUCUCCCGGACAGGCCCCGAAUGUUACGCAGGUAAUCUUUAAGAGGACGGGUAGCUUGCAAGCCAGACUGAACGCAGGGUUGUCGGAACAGCAACAAGAAGAUUUAUUCGAAAAAUGAACGUAGUUUCCACGAAGUAAAACUCCACAACAGCACGUAACUCGUUAAACUUACACGGCCUCCGCCAACUUCAAUUAACUUGAUGAACGUACACGGCCUCCGCCAACUUGAGUAAACACUGUUUUCGUCACACUUGACUAAAGACGACUAACGUCAAUCUCUCUUCGCUUGUGAAAACUAGUUGAAACUUAACUAGGACUCGCCUACUUAUAUGCUUUUACAAUAACACUGUAGAACUUUCCAAAUAGUCUAAUUAUAGAAAGAUGACAUAAUAUACCGCUUUAGAAACGCUUACACAGGAUCCUAAAAUAAACAAGCUAUGAACUCUCGCGAAGCUUCCAGAAAGUCACGUUUAAAAGUCACGCAAUACAAUUUUUCGUAACGCAGAACACAACAGUAAUCUAUCUUUAAUUCCACAACCAUUCAGAAUUUCUGAUUCCCAUCAUGGCAAGGGACAAAAACGGCUAUCUGUUCAUGGUUAUAAAAGUAUUCAGAAUUUGACUCGAUAGCCUUAUAUGUACACCUAAAAAAUAGCAUAGCCAUAAUGGUUCUUGAUCACAGUACAUUAGGAAAACAAAUCAGGCCGAAUUUUUUGCGUUCGAUAAGUUUACUUUACAAAAUCUUGCCAACAAGUCUGGGGACGUGUAAACCAACCUUUUAUACUUUUUAUACAUCACAUCUGAGGUGAAAUAGUACCAUGAGGCGCUGUUUUAAUCAUACAGACCUCGAACAGAAUGACGGUAUUUCACAAUUUUGCAAUACAAAUUGCACUCAUUCAAUAUUCAGGGCGAUCGAGGCACGCGUUAGAGAAACCGUUAAAAAAAAUUUCCAAAAUCACCUAUACGGCGAGCCGGUUCUCACUUUUGACAAGCGCCAAAGUCUACUACACAUUCCUUGGUCAAUAUGACGCAUAAUUGGCUUGUUAACACCGACGGAAAUGGUGCCACGGCAAGAGUAGUCCUACUCGAUUUCCGUAAGGCCUUUGACCUUAUCGAUCGCAGUGUUGUUGUUCAAAAACUAACAACAUAUGAUAUUCCGAGUCAAGUCAAAGGUUGGAUUGUUGACUUCUUGAUGGACCGGAAACAAAGAGUUAAACUUGCUCAGGAUUGUCACCCUGAAUGGCGCUCUGUGCCUUCCGGGGUCCUCCAGGGAACAAAACUAGGCCCCUGGUUAUUUCUUGUCAUGAUUAAUGACUUGGACACACCAGUUGACAUGUGGAAAUACGUGGAUGAUACAUCUUGUUCCGAAAUAGUUACAAAGGGUAGUGAGAGCAAACUCCAAGAAGCUCUGGAUGACCUUUCGAGACAAGCGAGUCUCGAUGGGUUCCAACUGAAUGAGGCCAAGUGCAAAGAACUUCGAAUUGGAUUCCCCAACAGCAACCACGAUUUUGAGCCCCUAGUCCUAAAGGGCAAACCCCUUGAAGUCACCAGUGCCAAAUUGCUGGGCGUGACCAUUAGCCACGAUGUAAAGUGGAACAUGCACUGCUCUGAACUAAUUAGAAAAUGUUCCUCUCGUCUCUAUUUUUUACGUCAACUCAAGAGAUCCGGAGUGGCACCAAGUGAUCUGGUGCAAUUCUAUGUGACAUGUAUUAGGCCCGUUCUGGAAUACGCAAGUCCUGUAUUACAUCAGUGAAGAUUUGGAACGGAUCCGAAAAAGGGCUUUCAGAAUCAUCUAUCCUGACCUGUCAUAUAGUGUAGCACUAGAAACAGUUGGCCUACCGAAACUUCGUGAGAGGAGAGAAAAGAUUUCAAUCGAUCUGUUUGACGAGAUCGUCUGUAACCCCACCCACAGUCUCCAUAGCCUCCUCCCCCAAAGGAAGAGUUGUAAAUAUGCACUGAGACGCAAAAGUGAUUUCACUCUCCCCCUAUGUAAAACCGAGCGUUUGAAGAAAAGUUUUAUUUUUAGCCAUGUCUGUAAGAUGUAGAUAAUUUUAUUAUUUUCUCUUUGUUAUCAUCAGUAUUUGUAAAUAUCCCGUAAUUCAGCCUAUGGCUGCAAUGGUGUUUAUAAUAAAGUAUCUAUCUAUCUAUCUAUCUAUCUAUCUAAAGUCGACUGUUUAAAUUAAGAUUAACACAGUUAUACGCUUCAACAUAAUGGCUUUAUAAUGAUGUGUAAUCUUCAAAAACGUUUGAUACGCGCGGCAUUUUGACUACUCCUGCAAGCUAUGUUCAUCAACGACUGAAAACAAACGGCACAACAGCGAUGAAAAUUGCAAAAGAGACUACUAACAAUCAAUAAAAGGAAAAUAAUUCGGUGAAACAUAUACAGAGACAACAAUUUUCAUUCACGAAGACAAGUAUUAAAGUUUGUCUCUGUGCGUUUUUCAAAGAUGAACUCGAGGCAAGAAAAUCGCUCAAAGCUUUCUUUUACAGCCAGAAUUAUAACUAAAUAUUCUUUGGAACGUUUUCUUUCUAUUUGCGGUGAGAAAAUGUCUGAAGGCUUUUUAAAGUUCUAUAAGCUUAUAAUCAAACCUGAUACUCGGUCAGAUCAUUGUCUUAAAUCUUAAAAACGUGCAUAAACCAAAUAGCCCCAUAAACUACUCUCGACUUCAUUGAAAUAGAUAUAAAAAACAAACAUCAAAUAAAAUAAUUACUCAGGCUUACCAUUCGAGAUGCACUGAAAACUAUCAAGUAAGGCCAAAAUCGCUUCAGACUUUUCAACCCUCUUACACAUCAAGCAAGGUGAAAAACGAAAACGACGCCAUCCGAAAUCGGAUUUCCGACUUUGACAGGCGACGUAUUUCUCAACCAAAAACCCGAUAAACAAACUAGCCAUGAAUAACAGGAGACUCUUGAUAGCAGCUGAAUUUCAUUUUGUACAAUGUUCAGUGGAAAAAGAGAGUUAAAAACAUCACAAAUUAAGCUGACACAAAACUCUGUCAGCUUCAGCUGUCAAAGUAAACAAGUUUCAAGAUGCUACAUAAAUUUUCCGCAUGAACUCACCUGUCAAAUUUUGAUCAAUCAGAGCAUAAAAAUUGGACGUAGAGCGUGACCAACGCGUGACCUUGGUGAGAAAAGUCAAAAGCAACUGGCAGGUCUUCCCUGCCUGUAAAAACUGGCUGAUUGUGCGGCACAUAUAAAACACAACAUAUUUCAUAUGAAUUGAAAAAAUAAACUUGAGCCUGCAAUCAUUUGAAAACUAGUUACUUGUCAGCGGAUAACUUCAAAAAAUACUCGACCUCGAUAGAUCGACACCUGAGCCCGCGAUACGGUCAAGAGAUACUGGUCAGCGGGACCCUGUUUUGACAGCUGUCAAUUGAUCACAACAUUGAUGUGCAAUAUGUGUGCAAUAUCAGUCUUUCUGUGCUCCGAAACUAGCUACAAAGUAUGGUUCUCCAUACUUACAUUGGUUCUCCUGUGGUGCGGACGGACGGGCAGCGGGCGGGCGGGCGGGCGGGCGGGCGGGCGGGCGGUGUACGGUCACGUGAUUACCAAAUUUUCUGGGAUCGGUAGAUUUACUUACCCAUGGUGCUCCGCAGGCGCGCUUCGCGAGCCAGAGCUCCGCUAUAACCUCCGCGUUUGUUGAUUGAAAGGCUUCCACGUGCCUUUUGCAUAUGCGCAAUUUGAUUUAUUUUAUCACGUGCGACUUUUGAACCAAUAGAAAAGUGUAAAAUGACCUUCCAUUGAAUAGUUCAAAUUCACGCGGACUUCACAAGCGACACAGCUGGGUUGCAAACAGAGUAUUUACGUUACUUUCGGAUAAUAGAAAGACUGACUUUCUAUUAUCUAUGUUAUUUCGAGACAAUGUCAUCAAUUGCGAAGUUUGUGUUCACAUGAAGCAUGUUUCUAAGUCAGUAACUCAGCUGGAUUCUUGCAGAAAGGUAUGUUCUUGAUAUUGUGGUUCGUUUGGUUUUCUAAUAUAAUAUAAUAACUUACGUAAGCUUACACUGUAAAACCUUAUAGAUAAAUCGUAAAAUUUAAGAUGCAUGCACUGAUAAGCCAUUGAUUGAUUCCUUUUUGUUUACUGCAGAAAUAACUGAACUCUUUGUUGCAAAUCGUCAAUGUAAUACUCUGGAAAUUGAAUGUUCUGGGGCUUCAAGGUUGUGGGAGACCAAUGUAAAUAAGCAAAUAAGAGAAGAGCACAAGUUUCCGAUAAAGUUGUCACUUAAUAUAUAUUGACUUAGAGUUGAACUAACCUAUAACAUUUGAAUACAGCCUGUAGGUUUGUUUAUUUGAGCUUAUCGAUUCAUAAUAUAAUAAACUUACAGGGCCAUUCCAUUUAAUAUCCACGCUUGACCCCUUCAGAAAAUUAUUUCUGGGGUUACCCCCUUCAGAAAUUGACAUUUAUUAUUAGAUAACCUCAGAAAUAGUAUUCUUUUUGUUCUGUACCCUUCAGAAAAUAUGGCGAUUUUAUUUGUUCCCUUGAGAAAAAUAUUUCAGCUAAUCUUGUCGUUUUUGGAUUAUAAACAAACAUUAUCUAGAGAUUCAACCAACAGGGUAUGUUUUAUAUUUUUUCCAAGACUAGAUAUAGGUUACUUUACACUAUAUUUAUGUGUAAAGUACUUAACAUGUGGGCAGGGAUGUCACUAAGAUUUCAAGUUGCCGGGUAAAUACAAUAAGUAGGCGAGGAAUCAAACAGCUAGGGAUUUCUUUUGGUUCUAUUUUUCUUUUAUUUUCCUGUGCAGCUAGCUGGGAGCCACGUUCAUAACAGCUGCGGAGAAAUCUCUGUGCCCUGGCUGUUAUGACAGCCCUGUCUAGGUUUUAUACAUGUAACUAUUGCUCAUACAGAUCAGUUCCAUAUUGUGUACAUAAAGUGUAUGUAUCUAUGCUAAUUCUGACAGAGAAAAUGGAGUCUGCAGUGAUGCUAAGGUCAGCUGCACAGUUUCAGUAAUCUUACAGUUUGGGGCAAUUCUGAACUUUCUUGUUCUCUUCAGUACAGUGUUCAUUAAAUUUAUAAAUACUGUAAUGGGCACUGUAUUGUUGAGGUCAGCUGGUGCAUAUUAUGUGUAUACAAUGUAUGUGCAUAUUUGAUUUUAGGUUAAAUUUUUUAACCCAGGUUGAUUCGCAAUUUCCUCUAUCUUCUAGCCCUACUUAUUCAUGAAUUAGGGUUAGGAAACAAAGGAAAUUGAGAAUCGACCUAGAUUAAAUCAAGAUUAACCUAAAAUCAAAUUUGACCUGUAGCACAUACAUCAGUGCAGUACAUAUGACUGUGUAUUGUUUACAGUUACAUAUAAUAGACUGCAGUGAAGAAGCUUGUUCUUCAUCACUCUUUCAAGAUAAUCUGAGUGUAUGGAAUCUGUUAAAAAAAAUUGUGAUAUUGUAAAUGAUUUCAAAUUAAAUAGUGUUAUCAAGAAAAACAAUUUUGAUCAGACAUUGCUCAGGUGGGCAGCAAGAACUAAAACCUUCAAUGAUAAAAUUUAAUGUGGCGUUGCAUGUAAUGGAUGUAACACUAGCGAUUGAGUAAAGUUUAUAUCGUGGAACAAUCCGUCCUUGCACUGCUCCAGAAUCAUGUGUUGACUCCUCAGGUUGUUUGGGUUAUCAGAAAUUCUGAUUCCACGACUAUAUUCUUAGGUGUUCCGAAAUAUUGAAAACCUUCCUGUAUUGUAUUUUUGUUUAGGGGAGCAGAAAUUCUGUAUCCUCUCCCUUGUUGUUUGGGGAAUCAGAAAUUCUGAAUCCUAGCUCUCGUGUGUUGUUUGGGGGAUCGGAAAUUCUGAAUCUCCUGUGUUGUUUGAGAAUCAGAAAUUCUGAAUCCUCUCCUGUGUUAAUUGGGGGAUCAGAAAUUCUGAAUCUCCUGUGUUGUUUAGGGGGCAGGAAUUCUGAAUCCUCUUCUAUCUGUGUUGUUUGGGGGUCAGAAAUUCUGAAUCCUCUCCUGUGUUACUUGCAAUUGGGGGAUCAGAAAUUCUGAAUCUCCUAUGUUGUUUGGGGGUCAGAAAUUCUGAAUCCUCUCCUGUGUUAAUUGGGGGAUAAGAAAUUUUUAAUCCUCUCCUGUGUUGUUUGGGGAUCAGAAAUUCUGAAUCAUCUCCCGUGUUGUUUGGGGGGUCAUCAGGAGAUUGCUUGAAAGAAUUUUAUGAUUCCUUGCAAACAGGGAGACGUUUCCUGUGAGUUUUAACACCAGUUAAAGAUUAAGAGUAAACUGCAAAAAUCGUCUUUGAAAUUAAGUGGCAAACAUGAAAUUCCGUGAAAGCUCCAGGUUUCACCUCCAGCCAAUUUUACACUCAUUUUCAAGGGAACUUCAAAAACCCUGCAAUGUAAAAAGGACUUUUCUCCGAGACAGGUCUCUAUUUUAAACGGAAAAGGCAGCCUUUUUUGAGGUGAUUCUCAGUAUUUGCUCUGAAUCUUAUCAAAUUGCAAAACCAAAUUUUAGUUUCGAAGGCCUUUAAGAAAGGCAUUCGACUUCCGGCGACCCAAAGCCCUUAUUUGAGCAUCAGACAUUCCUCACUCUGCAGCCAAUGAGGCAGCACCGAUGCGGAAGCUAUGACCUUUAUAACGCGUGGAGUCCAGCCCACAAGACUUUAAUGAAAGAGAGAGAAGGUCCGCAAAAAUUUUUCUAGAAACGGGAUUGUUAUCUGGAUUAAGGAAAAGAGGGCCCGGUCUGUUUCCUCGUCUUGCUAAAUACUCUAGUAAAAAUUGCACCGGACAACAACAAUUCUGGCGAUGCAAAACGAUUUUAAAUUGAAGGUGGUUGUAGCUGUGUUUGAAAUUGCCAAAAGUAAUCUUAAGAGCCACAAAAUAUUCGGAAGAAUCAACCAGAUUAGAAACAUGAUGAACCUGUAGUAUAAGAUUGCUAGCGUCCUUCGCUGAGUUGUAGGUCAUUUCACCAAUUCUAAGGAAGCCAAAAAAGGCUGUUGUACACAUGGCUCUAAACUGAGAGCAUUGAAGCUUGGAAAUAGAAAGUGUAGCCGAAGACUCAGUCAAUUUCAAGCCAGAAGCAAGCAUAACUACAUGUGACUGGCCGAAAGUAACAGUAAAAACAAGAAAUUAAAAUGAAUGGAUCACAAUAAAAGAUAAAACAUAGGAGGACCUAAUACAUUAAUAUGCCAAUAACAACAACUUUGCAAAUAUAUAAGGGUUGAAUUCCUCCUGAAAUACAUGAAAGGCCAAUAAAAAGGCCAAGUAUAAGAGACAAAAAUCAUUUCGAAGAAUAUUAUCACACAUGACUAAAAACCCUUGUAAAAGUGAUUGGUCAAUUCUUCUGAAGAAGACCGACAGCUUUGAGGACGGCACCUCGAUAACUGCGGUAAAGUAAACACUGUCGGGAUGGAUUCAAGUGAACCGCGUCCGCUAAAUAGAAAUCUUUAUGGAUAUUAUUGAACUCAGGAUGACUCCAACAAAAAACAUUGAGUAAAUCAGCCGGAACGACACUAACAUAUUGGUUCAGAACCGUUGAGUUACGCCAAAACGACAUGGCAUGCGGGAAGAAAGUGCCACGUGGGAUGACAUAACAGACGCCGAUCGCGCGAACUGAAAAAUCGCUCUGAAACCGACGCACCAGAUCUUCGAUCGUAGAGCCGACCUUCUCUGGUGGAAGUUUCGAAAGAUCGUUAGUACGUAUUUCCAAGAUAACAAUAUCUGGAGCGAGCCCCUGACCACGUGAAGGUGAUUCGCUUGUAGCGUCUGCACAGUUUGUCCGCCAACACCAUGCAAACGAACCGAGGCAACACAGGUAGCCCAAGCUCGAAAUAUGAGCCUCGGCGAACAUCGGCAUUGUUGCGUAACAUUCGAGAUAUAGGGAAUUGUAUGGGAAAAAAACUUAUCGUUUCUGUAACCUACGGAAAUAAAAGGAUUUUAAUAAAAAAACAGCUUACUACAAAAUAAUAAAUAAUAUCUUUAUAGCGGGCGCGGAAAAAGAUGUCUUAAAGAAGCUUACUCGCGAAAGACAGCACGCGCCCUAUGCCAAAUUCAAGACUUCGAAAAUUGUGUACUUCUGAUGUAGUGUACUUCUAGUCUCUUUGAAGAAAUCCGCCACUUUUCAUUUAACGUUCAAAAUACUGUGUCGAAAAAAAAAUCACGUUUUGAUGGACAAUUGCAUUCAAGGCCGCGUUGUAAAAUAACAAGAACGUUCAGUCUGAAGUAUAUCUUCACUCAUUGUAUUGAGUGGACAGCGUGGGAAAUUGUAUCAAGUUAUUUUUGACAUUUUAAAAAAUCAAAAUGAUCGAAAACAAUUUACUCUAUUUUAUUGUUCUCAAGCUUAGAAGACAAAACUGACAAUUAUUUCUUUUGAUAUUUAUAGUUCAGGUUCCUGUUUUAAAAUAUUAGUUUCUGUUCAUGUUAAUUCGGUAUGAUUUUCAUAAUUGAUUAAUAUCCUAGCAUGAAGCAAGACACUGUGAUUUCAGAAGCUGAACCAUGAAUAGGCUGCAGUGCAGGCGUAUUUUGGGCGGGCGAAAGCUGCUUGUUUAUGUUCGUACUGUUGUAACCUCCAUCUUCGUUAUGACCGAGGAAGAUUAGGGAGAGUAAAAAUAGUAACCCUAAGGGUAGGUGCAAGGGCGAAAGAAGGAAAGGGGGUAGGGGAGCUUCCGGUGCAAUAGUUCUUCGGUGUUGAUUGGUCUGCUACUCAUUUCCGGAACAGCAGUCAAGCGCGACUAAUUAGUUGGUGUUUCUCAUUUUCAGAAUGUUUUCGGGCAGGCGUUUUCUCUUCUCUCUUCCCGCCCCCUACCCCGCUCCUUUUGACUCGCCCCAUUUUCUCCCCUCUUUUGCGCUCUCGUGUGCAAAACAUUCGCGCGCCCGAAGAACACGUCUGCACUGCAGGGUAAACCAUAACCCACAUUUGUUAUGUAAUUCUUAGUAAUGAACAGGUUGCGGGGAAGCAAAUAAUUGCCGCUAAAACCCGUGAAUUUUAAUUUGCGUUAGCAAUCAUUAAAGUGGUGAAAUAGUCACAUUUAUCUGAGCCUAAACUAAAAAAUUAAAAAUGAAAGUUAAGUAGAGGAGUCCAAGCUCUGCUGUUGUCUCUCGUAUUGUCAUUAAAUCUUAAUGAAGGGUUUUGGGAAUAUGACUUUCUAUCAACGGGAAGUAACAAAUGUUGGAGGUAAUUAUGUUUCAAUUAUUUUAAAUAGACGAGUUUUUUGCUUUCAUAUGGGCAUCAAAUCAGCAAAAUUACUCUGACAAGUUCAUAUCUCGUCAUUUUCUAACCCUUAGUGUUUAAAGGUCAGUCCUUGUUUUUUCUUAAAUUAUUAUUUUAUAUUAUUAUUAUUUUUUAUUGUUUUUUUUUUUUUUUUUUUUUUUCGUUUGACCGCAAGUGGCGACUACACUUCAAACAAUGUGAAACACUGUUUCUUUUUUUUAACUGCUCCGCCUCCUGCGAUUUUUCAGCGGUUUCCCAGUUACUAUACCAUCUAUUCUAUUCUAUAUUUUUAUUUUGUGUUGUUUGUCAUUUUUAUUUAUUUAUUUUUCAAUAUUAAGAGCCAGUCUAUGUAAGAUCCUCAUAUCGAGUUUUGCCUACAAAAUAGAUUUCGCUCAUAACUUUUCUGUAGACGUCUUUUAAUAAGUAUAUAACAAAUAUGAAACUAGAUUGGAGAAAUUCGCUUCUGUAAAAUUUUUUUAACGAAUUUUCUUUCGGCACUACAUGAGGGCCUGAGAUGCUUAUGAAAUAUGCAAAUCUUGUCAAAAUUCAAGCGAUUGCUACGGAUAAAGGACUGUGUCCCAAAGCUUCCAGUUUACUAAUUAUUUCAAUUAAACCUUUAUCUUAAAAUUAAUACGGGUCGGAAUCAUCGACACCUUUUUGUAUAGAAAAUCCGAGGAAACACACUUAGCCCCGUUGAUCCAUUUAGCGAAACAUGCGAUUUUAGCCAAAUUCAGUGGAUUAAAUCUCAAAAGUGGCCCACACUUACAGACUCUCCUACAUAUCAUUUUGUAUUUCUAUCCUUCAGCUACUGAAUUGUGUUAAAAGUUUUGGCGGCCAUUCAGUUUCGGUCGAGGGGUGAGUGGCGAAAGUUGCCUUACUUGGCCAUUUCGCCGGCAUUUCUCCAUCGCAAAGUCCAGAAGGAUUGUCAGAAUAGAAAGCGAGAAAUCGGGUAUAUGCCACUCGAAGAUUGUCCAUUCCUAAAGACUACAUACUUUCAAUCACUGUUUUCCAUGUGGCAAUGUACUUAACACAACGAGGAAGGGGUAGAAGACGGUGGAACGUGAACUACACGUUUUUGGAGGGUUUUUUUCGAAGGUCAGGAAUCUGGAAUCCGGAAUGCUGAAUUCGCAACCCUUUCAAAUGUCACCUUUUGAAGCAUAUUGUAUAGUUUCAUACUUUUACAGUUAGCCGAAGCUCAAUUCGCAUUACAAUAUAUAUUUCAUCUUUAACUUCACAGGAUAUUGAAUAGAAUGCCUUCGAAACCUUGGCUUAUCAAGGCAUUAAGGAACCCCUAUCGAGCUUUUUGCCGCUAUUCAAACGUGUCACCAGCUGUUACAUGAAUAAUAAUAGAAAAUAAGUUGUCAAAACAGCAAAAACUUUCUAUAGGUCCAUUCAUCAGCUACUGAAUCGUUCUAAAACAUUUAGCGGUCAUUCAGUUUCGACAGUUUCGUCCGAAACCGAGGGUUGAAAGUUGCGAUACUUAGCAUGUCACGGCUGGCGCUCUGUCCCGCUUAGAUUACAAAUUUAGAAAGGACUACUGUAUAUUCUUUUUUCCCGCAAGCACUGAAUUCCCCUCCCGCCGCUCUCUCUCCAUAAAGUUAUCAAUAACAGAGUUAGACCGUUCUCAGUUACUGAGGAACUUUCAGUCAUUGUUCAAAGCGGUCCCAUAGCUAUUUGCAACCCAUUGACCACCUAAAUCGCAGUUUACGCUACUAGCAAACAACCAAAAUGGCAGGUGCACCUGCGAAGCGUUCCUUUGCCGGGAUAGAAAAUAUUACGCGUGGUUCCUCACACGGUAAAGACGAAUUUUUUUCCAAAAUAAAUGCGUUGUCGAAGUAAAGAACUAUCUAAGAAGCUGGAACCUUUCACGUACCAAGGUCACCGAAUAUGACCUAAUUAUGAAAUUAAUUGAAGAAGCAGAAAAGAUGCUGUUUUGCCCUGUCUAUAGGCACAGUCUCGGUAUAAUUAUACUGGCGGCCAUGUAAAACUGUCGGUAUCCUGGCCAUGAAGGAAAAAAGAUUGCCCUUCAAUGUAAAAAACCAAUUAACUGGCAAAUGGCGCAUUCAAGAAAUCCGCGAGAUGUUUGUUACCCUUGUUCAUUCAAUUGUUCUGUUUUUUUUUUUUUUUUUUUUUUUUAACUCUCGUUUUUUUUUUUUUUUAAAGGAGUUGUAGGGCAUAAAUAAGUGGGGGAAAAGGAUAAAUUAAGCAUAAGGCACAGUCAAAUUUUGCUUUGUUUUGUCCGUUUUGUACGUCAAGUAGCUAGAGGAGUCGCGUGUCACGCAGUGUUUACCUAACAUUCCUAAAAUAGAUUUAUACAAAUAGAAGAACCCAAGUAAAGAAACGUGUACAGAAUAAAAAAAAACAAACCGUUUCUAAGAACAUAGAAUUAUUUCAUAAAUGGACCUGGUUGAUGUUAAAGCUUAUCUGCAUUUUUUCAUGUCUAGGAGUUAUUUGUGCUGUAGUAUAUCGCCCCCGGGCAACCCCCGGGACAAAUCCAGCCCUUCGGGCCCGGGUGUGGGGAAUUGUUCGAAGGGGUCCUGUCCCGUGGGUAAGGGGGUGGGGCAAAUAAAAAUAUCUUCUCUUUGAUUUUGCGAAGUGCGUGCUAUUUCUCGCGCGGUUUACACGAUAGCUGAGGACCUCAAGAUUAGAACGUAUUUUUAAGGAAAACGCAGGAAUUUUGUCGGAGAGUGGUUGGAAAGGAAUAACUUAUCAAAAUUAAAGUCUAUUUAAAGGAAUGUUUUAAAAUUUGAAACGAAUGGGCGUAUGAUGCGUACUCGAAUGGAUUUUAUUUUCUGGAAGGGAAGGACAGAAAUAUUUCUUCAGCUUAGCUUUAAAUAAUGAUGAGUCUCCAUCACGAACACAAGGCUUUUGAUAUAUAUAGAAAGAAACAGAGAUUCGGUCCAGUGUUCUCAUGAAGUGUUCUAUCAAGGAGGCGCUUUUUAAAAAGUUGUUCUUCUUCGUUUUGGUUUUCAAAUUUAUUGAUCAUGUCUUAGCUACAUUAUGACAUCCAUUAUCCUUAUCUCAAAAAACUCAGGGAAACGUUCAUAAAAGUUGUGAAAAAGUGUCGUUUUGCCUUUGUACGGAUCAAAAAGAUGUGGCAAAAAACGUAUACGAGGUCGAUCAGGAGCUCGGGGGUGGGGAAUUGUCUCUUUCUACGUGCCCGGGGAUGGGGAAUAGACCUCCAAGAAAGAAAAAAAAUUGCAAAUCCCCGGGGGUGUGCCCAGGGGGCAUGGUUAUAGGUAAAAUUGAACCAUGCAUCAUUCAAUUAACAUUUUGUAGAUGUAUUAAAAGCAAAUCAAGAGCCUGAAUCAAGGGCGGAUUUAGGGGUCCGCCCAGGGGGCCCCGGCCCCCCCUUUUGUCCGGGAAUUUUUUUCUUUUGUAAACGUGUUUCGGAUAGUACUUUGAGCUUUGUUGCUUAAACAUGUUUUCUUUUAAUAAACAAUGUUAAUAAGAAAAUAAUCUCUGCUCCAAGCCUACAUUUUUAGUCGCAAAUGACCAAAGCUCUCAGAAUGUAUGUAGUAAAUUUCCGUCUCAAACAAACUAGAUUUGACAAUUUUUCAGGCAGGUAAUGUUGCCGCCUUUGUCGGAAGGUUGUGCACUCGCCGCAAUCGCUUCGGCCCUUGCUACGUCUUUGACGACAACCACAACGGUGGUUUAUUAAAUAUUUCUGCAUUACAUGUUCAAUAUGGAAUCCAGGCAUUUGCUAAAUUUAAGCGUCCAGAAUUCACUAGAUUGCAUCUUAGAGAACUCCAAUCUCAAACCAGUUUUCCCUAGGGAGCAUCCGCGCGAAACUCCCUAAAAUAGUGCCCCGUUCGCAGUCCUGAUGGGCGCUAUCGCGCCCAUAUUGCCACUCAUGUUGACUAUAUCUCUAGGCCCCCUCUAUCACAAAAUCCUUUGUCCGCCCCAGUGAAUAUCUGCUGGGUUUGAUGUUCUAAAUUACAUUUCAUUUCAGUGCAAUUGUAAAACUUCCGUUUCAUUUGCUUUGUGUAAAAAAUAUACAACUGCACUUAUAUAUUAAUAUUAAAAAGAGAUGCAAAAAAAUAUUGUAAAGGCGAAAUGAUUUUCCUCAAAUAAAAAAAGGAAAAGGGUUGCGAAUUCCGGAUUCCAGAUUCCACCGUUCCACAAACCCUCCAAAAACAUGGCGGACAGCCGUAUAUAUAGUUCACGUUCCACCGUCUUCUACCCCUUCCUCGUUGUGUUAAAACCAUUGCCACAUCGAAAACAGUGAUUGGAAAUAUGCAGUCUUUAGGAAUGGUCAAUCUUCGAAAGGCAUAUACCCGAUUUCUCGCUUUCUGUUCUGACAAUCCUUCUAGACUUCGCGAUAGAGAAAUGCCGGCGAAAUGGCCAAGUAGUGUAACUUUCGCCACUCACCCCUCGACCGAAACUGAAUGACCGCUAAAAGGUUUAACACGAUUCAGUAGCUGAAGGAUAGAACUACACAAUGAUAUGCAGGAGAGUCUGUAAGUGUGAGCCACUUUUGAGAUUUAAUCCACUGAAUUUGGCUAAAAUCGCAUGUUUCGCUAAAUGGGUCAAAGGGGCUAAGUUUGUUUCCUCGGAUUUUGUAUACAAAAAGGUGUCGAUGAUUUCGACCCGUAUCAUUUUUAAGAUAAAGGUUUAAUUAAAAUAAUUAGUAAACUGGAAGAUUUUGGGCGCACUCCUUUAUCCGGAGCAAUCGCUUGAAUUUUGACAAGAUUUGCAUAUUUCGCAAUCAUCUCAGGCCCUCGUGUGGUGCCGAAAGAAAAUUCGUUAAAAAAAUUUUACAGAAGCGAAUUUCUCCAAUCUAGUUUCAUAUUUGUUAUGUACUAACUAAAAGAAGUCUACAGAAAAGUUAUGAGCGAAAUCUAUUUUGUAGGCAAAACUCGAUAUGAGGAUCUAACAGAGACUGGCUCUUAAGGUUGACAUUCCCUCUUUUAGGACUUUAGGAUUUGGGGGGAUCGUAGGUUUCUCCUCGCCCUUGAGUCGGCGGUUAAACGUGGAUCUCUCAAAAAGAAUAUUUUUUGCGUGGUUCGCAAGAAUCUCCGAGUUUCUUCAACACAGGCGUAAUUUUCCAGGGGCAACCAACGGCCGAAUGUUGCCAAAUACGCCAGAAAUGUCUCAGAUGAUUUUCUCUAUGCUUUUUGAAGCCUGUUUGGUUAAUUUGGAACUGCCCUAAAAACCACUUAUCUGUUCGGAUGUCUUAGGGGAACUUUGGUAGUCACAAAAGUUUUAGGUGGCUUUUUCGUCUCAUCCGAGAGUGUUAGCUAUCCGUAUGGGUCCGGUCUUAUCGUCGCUGUCUGCUACCCAAUCAUUGAAGGUAGAAGACACCUCUUUUGCUUCUUCGCCAAUCAUUGUUAAUACUGUGGCCACUUGAAUAGGCUCACCUUUCUUAAUUAACUCUGUUGCAAGUGCGUAAUUCUCCCACACCAGUAGGAUUUGUUUUCCAUUUCUCUGCAACGUUGGGGUCAUGUAUUUCAUAGGGUGCUGGCGACGGUAACGAAAAUCCAGUUGCCGCACUCAUGUUGACUUGUUCGGAGAUUGGCUAUGUGUAAUAUUUCACCACUAUUAGCUCUCCACUCGCUGCAACCAUGUAACGACACGCGAGUAAAUAUAUUGUGCUCAAGCAAGCGACGUUUAUUGUAGAACAGACUUUAAGUGAAAGAAUACAUGUGCUCGUGGCUAGCUAGCGAUAACGAAACUAUUCGGUAACAUUAAACGCUAAGGCAUACUAUAAGUUCAUUAAGUUCUUGUGGUUUCCGAGAUAAACCACAUUUCGUCACAGAUACCUCUUGCUUCGUCCUAAAAGUAAAUGGUCAACAGUCUCUUUUGUUCCCCAAAACCCCGCUCAUAUUUCAUAUUCAUCGUGCAAUGUUUCAAAAUCCAUUGUAAAAAUUACGAUAAUCGAGCAAAAAAAAAACCUCCAUACUAUUGCAACAUCAGUAACAUUCACCACAAAGCACUCGCUUUUCUCCGAAUGAUUCCACUUCGCAACCAAAGACAAUGAUAUUUUUUCGUCUACAUGCCAUUGUGAACAGCUUUCAUCCCGUAUCAGAGGUUACCUCUAGGUGUGCAGGGACAUCGAGUGUUCUGAAAUUCAGUGCCUGUCGACACAAAAUAUCAUCCGUCGAUUUUGAAUGGCAGGCAAAUGGCGCCAAACCGCGACUAAUUGUCCUUCGUUUUUUCUUUUCUUUUUCUGGCCUGCUUCAGGUCUUUGUUGGCAACACAGACGAGAAUACUAUCGUUUAUAACGAACUCAAUGGGUCGAUUGUAGCACGCUACACACGUUUUCAACCAACAGCUUGGCAUAACCACAUCUCAAUGAGGGUGGAACUAUAUGGCUGCAAAGGUAAUUUUUAUUGGUAA